UUGAAGAUGACAUUUGACAGCAAAUGAAAAAAACAGCCUCUGGAAAAGUGAAAAAUUGUUGUCGUUGGUUGAAAAAUUAGUUUUUCUGUAAUAUUUGUGCAUUUCAGCUAGAAAAAUCCACUUGGCACAAUGGCGGAUGCAGCAGCUCGUCAGCUACAAUAUGAAUAUAAAGCCAAUUCCAAUCUUGUCCUGCAAGCUGAUGUACGUCUCAUUGAACGUCCGCGUCGCGAUGAGGCCACCGGGGAGGUAGUCUCGCUAGUGGGCAAGUUGGAGGGAACACGCAUGGGCGACCGCUAUCAGCGUACAAAGCCUGAAAAAAUGGAAGAACGCAAAGCGAAACGACAAAAGCGUGAUGAAGCCCAGUAUGAUUUUGAGCGCAUGAAAGGAGCUACGCUAUUGUCGGAGGGUAUAGAUGAAAUGGUAGGCAUUGUGUACCGCCCAAAAACGCAGGAGACUCGACAGACAUAUGAGGUGCUGCUAAGUUUCAUACAAGAAGCUUUAGGUGAUCAGCCGCGUGACAUUCUUUGCGGUGCGGCUGAUGAAAUUUUGGCGGUGCUGAAAAAUGACAAGCUAAAAGAUCGUGAGCGAAAGCGAGAAAUAGAUAGUUUGCUGGGAUCGGUAACCGACGAACGAUUUGCUUUGCUGGUAAAUCUUGGCAAGAAAAUCACUGAUUUUGGCUCGGAUGCCGUAAACGCCUUGAGUAUUGCUGGCAAUGAGGAGCAAAUAGACGAGACUUAUGGCAUCAAUGUGCAGUUUGAGGAGUCAGAAGAAGAAAGUGAUAACGACAUGCACGGUGAAAUACGUGAUGAAGAUGGCCAAGAGGAAGGCGAGGAAGCGCGCAUAGAUCAUACAUUACACGCAGAAAAUUUACUCACNAAG